GCUAAAAUUGGUAGAAGAUUACUCAAUCGUCCGUUCAUGAAGAUGUUAGAAAAAUCUAUCCUUCUUUUCUCUCUAUUGCUGGAGAUUGUAUUGAUUCAUGGGUCCGAUCACGUAGAAAGAAUGCCAUACAUCAUAUACAUGGGUGAUGUCCCGAAGAUGAGACCGUCAAUGUCGUCGAUGAUGGAAAUUCACCAUAGACUCAUUUCAGCAGUGAUCGGAGAUGAGGAGGUGGCCCGGCAAUCAAUCAUACAUAGCUAUGGGAAAAGCUUCAAUGCAUUGGCAGCAAGGAUGCUGCCUGACGAAGCAAAGAAACUAUCUGAGAUGGAGGGUGUAGUAUCAGUGUUUCAGAGCACUCGUCGCACACUUCACACGACAAGAUCAUGGAAUUUCUUAGAAUUUCCAACGACAGUAGAGCGGAAGGUCGGCAGAGAGAGCAAUAUGAUCAUUGGGUUGUUGGACACAGGAAUUUGGCCUACUGCUCCGAGUUUCAAUGAUAAGGGAUUUGGCCCACCUCCUUCCAAAUGGAAGGGCAAUUGCGAAAAAGUCGGCAACUUCAGUGGCUGUAACAAGAAGAUCAUAGGUGCUAAGUACUACAGGCUUGAAUCCAGCCCACCAAUCAUCGACAUACUGUCUCCGGUCGACAGAAUGGGCCACGGUACACACACCUCCUCUAUAGCAGCCGGGAACGCCAUCACGGGUGCAAGCCUCUAUGGGAUUGCGAAUGGGACGGCCCGUGGAGGUGUUCCAUCGGCUCGGAUUGCCAUGUACAAGGUGUGUUGGUUUGGUGAAGGCUGCUCCGACAUCGACCUCCUCGCCGGGUUCGAUGAUGCCAUCGCUGAUGGUGUGGACAUAGUUUCGGUGUCCAUCGGCGGUGUAACCGUCGACUAUUUCAGUGAUACAAUCGCCAUCGGAGCUUUCCAUGCCAUGAGAAAGGGAAUACUAACAUCUUGCUCAGCCGGGAACGGCGGGCCGCAAGCAGAAUCCAUCGUGAACACAGCGCCAUGGAUCUUGACGGUGGCUGCCAGCGGGGUGGAUCCUCAAUUCAGGACCAAGAUCAGAUUGGGCAAUGGCAAGAAGCUCAGUGGAAUUUCCAUUAACACAUUUUCACCAAAAAAACAAGUUUACCCUCUGAUCAGUGGGGCAAAUGCGGCCAACACCUCAUCGACGAGCUACGGUGAACCCAGUGCAUGCGACACUGGAACCCUAGACAGUAACAAGGUGAGGGGUAAAGUGGUGUAUUGCAUAGAAGGAAUGGGCAGACAGGAUGAAAGCGUUAAGGCCUCUGGGGGCGUUGGGGCCCUCAUUAGAAACGACCAGUUCAUGGACACUGCUUUCAGCUUUGUUUUGCCAGCGGCUUAUAUCACAACUCCUGUGGCAGAUAUCAUCAGCAAUUACAUUAACACUACCAAGCAUCCACAAGCUGUCAUAUACAAGUCACGUGAUGUCCACGUGACUGCUCCCUUUGUGGGCUCCUUUUCUUCCAGAGGUCCCGACCCUUUAUCCAUGAAGAUCCUCAAGCCCGAUGUUACGGCCCCUGGUGUAGAUAUCUUGGCCGGUUAUUCAAGGUUGACGACGGUGACUGGAUCGUUCAUGGACGAUCGCGUUGUAAAUUUCAAUAUAGUAUCUGGAACGUCCAUGGCUUGCCCGCAUGUAGCUGCUACUGCAGCCUACGUCAAAUCAUUCCAUCCUGAUUGGUCGCCGGCCGCAAUCAAGUCCGCCAUCAUCACAACAGCCAAGAGUAUGAGUUCUAAGAAGAACAUGGACGCUGAGUUCGCCUAUGGCUCGGGCCACAUACAGCCAGCUAGAGCGGUCCACCCAGGUUUGAUCUACGACGCCAAUGAGAUCUCCUACAUCCAAUUCCUGUGCAAGGACGGCUACAAUGGAUCCAUGCUCCAGAUAAUCCUAGGCAACAAUGCCAUUGACUGUUCUGACGUGCGGGUCCCACCGGGAUAUGACGGCCUCAACUACCCAACGAUGCAGUAUAAAGUCCCAAGCGCUCGUCACAAGGUAUCGGCUGCAUUCCGUCGUACCGUUACUAAUGUAGGGCAUAAGAAGUCUAUAUAUAAAGUGACGGUGAGAGCACCAAAGGAGUUAUCUGUGAUGGUCAAGCCAGAUACAUUGAAGUUCAAACGGUUGCACCAGAAGAAGUCGUUCCGGGUGUUAUUGAAGGGUAGCCCGCUGGGGAAGAAGAUGUUGCGAUCGGCGGAGAUCGUUUGGACCGACAGCAAGCACUCGGUACGGAGUCCGAUUGUUGUUUAUCAAUCGUUUUUCUAGAUCAUUUUUAGGUGGGCUCACAGGUUAUGACUUUUUUAUU